CUUGCUCCUGGAGGAUCCCAGAGGUCAGGACGUGGGUAGGAACAUCAUGGACACCCAAACAUGGGGUCCCAGAAGAUGGUGACCUGCCUGGAGACCAUGGCUGGCUGCCACCGAGGUCCCCAUCCCUGGAUCCUUGUCCCCAUGGCAGCAAGGUCCUGCCCAGUUCUUCUGGCUGCCUGCCUGGCACUGCAGCUGGCCACAGCGCACGGCGAUGGGUGCGGCAGCUUUGGCAACCUCUUCACGGAGAUCAUGGAGAACAGUGCCCACGGGAGCUUGGUGGCCCGGCUGCCGGGGGACACGGGCAACGGCGGGCUCCAGCUCUGCCUGGCUGGCGCCGACGCCGUCUGGUUCUACCUGGAUGGUCGCAGCGUCCGCCUCAACGUCUCGGCAGGAAGGACACUGGACCGCGAGGAACUGGAGUCUCCAGUGCUGAUGGUGGCCCUGACGUGUGCUGAAGAUGGCUUCUCCCCGGUCGAGUAUAGGAUCAUUGUCCAGGUCCUCAACGAGAAUGAUAACAGGCCUCACUUUCAAGGAGCCCCUCUCCUCACCCACAACAUCAGCGAGCUGGCAGCCGUGCACUCGGUGGUGUUCAGCACGCAGGCGGAGGACGCCGACGGGGACACCUUGAUGUACGUCAUCGACACGGCCUCGCCCGACGCCAGGUUCUUCCGUAUCGACCUGCCCAACAGCGGGAAGGUGGUGCUGGCGCGGGCGCUGGACUUCGAGAGCAGGCAGCAGCUGGAGGUGGUGGUCACAGCCGUGGAGAUGAACACCAAGGAGCGGUUCAACGCCUCGGCGCGGGUGCGGGUCAACGUGCUGGACGGCGACGACCAGUACCCCCGCUUCCUGCCCUGCACCCCCCGCGCCCACCACGGCCUCACCGUCUGCACCAGCCCCAUCUACACUGCCAACGUCACCGAGGGGCAGCUGCAGGGAGGUCCCCUGAGCUUCAGCCCCGGCUCCGUCUACGCUGAGGAUGGGGACAGGGGCCUGAGGGCCACCAUCACCUACUCACUCCUGGCAGGUCAGGAGAGCAGCAGGUUCCACAUUGACAACAUGACCGGGGCCAUCACCUUGGUGAGGGCGGUGGAGAGCAGCAGGAGGACCCCAGCCAUCAGCCUCAGUGUUAUGGCUUCGCAGGUGAACGAUGCCAACAAGUUCGCGGUGACCCAGGCGGUGGUGAGGGUGCUGGCUGCCAACCGCUCCCCGCCCCGCUUUGCCCGCCCCUCCUACCAGGCCUUUGUGCCCGCCGGUGCCCGCGAGGCCGCCCUGCUCCUCACCUUCGGUGGCCACGUGCUGGCGCUGCGUGCCCACGACCCGGACUUCCCCGAGGGGGUGAACCCCCAGGUGCGGUACAGCCUGCAGCUGCCCAGUGCCAACCAGAGCCAGGGGCACCCCCAGGGGCACGGCCACCACCAGCUCUUCCAGGUGAUGCCCAACGGCUUAGUGGUGGCCAGAGCUGACCUCCUGAGACCUGCCCAGACCUACCGCCUGCAGGUGCUGGCACGGGACGAGGAGUCCGGGGAGACCUCCAACACCACUGUGGAAGUGGAGGUGCUGUGGCCAGGGCAGGCAGAUUGGUGUCCCCUGUACCCCAUUGUCCUAUGA